AUGCACCUGAGCGAGAACGAAGGGAUAGAGGGGAAGGCCUUCGUGGUGACGGGUGGACUCGGAUUCGUAGGGUCUGCUCUCUGCUUGGAGCUCAUUCGAAGGGGUGCCAGAGAGGUGCGAGCCUUUGACCUCCGCCGCUCCUCUCCUUCGUCCGCUGCUCUUCAGGAUAAGGGCGUCCGCUGUAUCCAAGGGGAUGUUGGCCGCAAAGAAGACGUGGAAAGGGCCCUCCGUGGUGCCGACUGUGUAUUCCACCUUGCGGCCUUUGGGAUGUCAGGUAAAGAGAUGCUCCAGUUCGGUCGUGUGGAUGAAGUCAACAUAAAUGGGACAUGCAAUGUGCUCGACGCAUGUCUCGACCUCGGCGUAAAAAGGCUUGUCUACUGUAGCACUUACAACGUUAUCUUCGGUGGUCAACAGAUCAUCAACGGGAAUGAGACAUUGCCUUAUUUCCCAAUCGAUCAACAUGUUGAUCCGUAUGGCCGUAGUAAAUCAAUUGCUGAGCAGUUGGUUCUGAAGAACAAUGGCCGCACUCUCAAGAACCACUCCGGAAAUCUUUACACUUGUGCUGUUCGUCCAGCUGCAAUCUAUGGACCGGCCGAAGACAGGCACCUUCCUAGGAUCGUAACCAUGGCAAAGUUGGGUCUACUUUUGUUCAGAAUUGGCGGCCAAACUGUAAAAUCAGAUUGGCUUUAUGUGGAUAACCUUGUCCUUAGUCUUAUAUUGGCCAGUAUGGGACUUUUGGAUGACACUCCUAGCAAGGGAAAACGCCCUGUAGCUGCUGGCCAGGCCUACUUUAUAUCUGAUGGUUCACCGGUCAAUUCUUUUGAAUUCCUACAGCCUCUACUUAGGAGUUUGGAUUAUGAACUACCAAAGACUUCCCUACCUCUCGAUCGGGCUCUUUUUCUUGGGAGGAUUUGCUGGGCUGUUUAUACCUUCCUAUAUCCAUGGCUCAAUCGGUGGUGGCUUCCACAGCCAUUCAUACUUCCGUCUGAAGUACUCAAGGUUGGGGUCACCCAUUAUUUCUCUUAUCUUAAAGCUAAAGAGGAGAUUGGUUAUGUUCCCAUGGUGACCCCGCGAGAGGGGAUGGCUUUGACCAUAUCUUACUGGCAACAGAGGAAAAGGGCGACUCUGGAUGGACCCACGAUCUACGCGUGGUUGUUCUGUGUCAUCGGAAUGAUCUCACUCUUUUGCGGUGCUUUCUUGCCUGACAUAGGGAUCGUGCCCCUUCUCAGAGCUAUUUGUCUAUUUGUGUUUCGAUCAAUAUGGGUGGCAAGGGUGGUGUUUCUUCUGGCUACAACUGUACAUAUUGCUGAGGCCAUUUAUGCUUGGUGCCUGGCUCAAAGGGUAGAUCCUGCCAAUGCAAGAGGAUGGUUUUGGCAAACUUUUGCUCUUGGGAUGUUUUCCUUGCGCUUCCUAUUGAAAAGAGCAAGGAAAUAA